AUGAGAGGCUAUGGAGAAGAGUUGUCUAGAGAAAGAAUUCAUUCGAGGGAUCUAGAUGCAAUUGAGGUUCAAGAGGUGGUUGCCUCAUUAAAGAGCUUUGCACAAAGGUUGGAAAGACAUCAUGAGAACAAGAUUGAGAAGGCUUUUGCUAGUCUGAGUGUAGAUUCCAAAUCAACUAAGGUCACUGAAAAUCAUAAUAGCAAGCAUCAGAAGAAUUGGAAGGAUAAGGGCAAAAAGUGGGAUAACAAACCUGCUGAUGGAACUAAAAAUUCUUGCAAGCAUUGUGGGAAAUUGCAUUUUGGAGAGUGUCGAUUCAAGGGCAAGCCAAAAUGCUAUAACUGUGACAAGUUUGGCCAAAUAGCAAAAGACUGCUAUAGUAAGAAACCAGUUCAACAACUUCAGUAUGCUGCUCAGGUAACCUCUACACCAACUAUGUUCUAUGUCAAUAAUGCAGCUGACAAAAGGUCCAUGGAAGAUGUAUGGUAUUUGGACAGUAGGUGUAGUAACCAUAUGACUGGCAGAGAAGAUGUUUUGACUGAUAUUGAUAGGAGUAUAACGGCAAAAGUUGCAAUGGGGACAGGACAGUUGGUCGAUGUUAUUGGAAAAGGAAGCUUGAUGGUUGAAACUAAGAUGGGAAAAAGAUAUAUUAAGGAGGUUCUGUUAGUAUCUGGUCUCAAGGAAAACCUACUCAGUGUUGGAUAG